AUGGACGACUCGAUCGCCCAGUCGGUCAUCUGGGGGACGACCAUCCACCUGCGUGAUGCCUGGAGUGCCUUCCACACCUUCCUUCGGGACUUCACGGCCCCGGCCCCCGGCAUGCCGGACCAUGACCCGACGGAUUUGGAGGGCGCCGCCUGGCCGGAUCCCUACUACUCCAAGCUCCUGGACCAGGUGGUGAAUCGAGGCCUGUCGGCCUCGGCCUCGACAGGCCCGGUGUCGGUUCUGUCGCUGAAUUGCGCCCAUCUGCGGCAAUUUUCGGACGCCUCGCGCACUCUCUACCGCCAGUUGCUCACCUACCCCCGGGAAGUGGUGUCCCUGAUGGACGCCGUGGCAUUGGAGUGCGUGAGCCAGCUGUGCUCGGCUCGCUUCGGCCGGGCCAUCGGCCCGGACCACGAGUCCCUGCCUCGGGUCCAGGUCCGGCCCUUCAACCUGGAGAACCGGUGUGACUUGCGCGCUCUCAAUCCCCGGGAUAUCGACAAGUUGGUGUCCAUCCGCGGCCUGGUCAUUCGCACCGGGUCGGUCAUUCCCGACCUGAAGACCGCCUUCUUCCGGUGCACGGUGUGCCACUUCUCGUCGCGCGUGGCCGCCGAGUCGGGCGGCCGCAUCACCGAGCCGACCCGGUGCCCGCGCUGCUACAGCUCCCAGACCAUGGAGCUGGUGUACAACCGCUGUGAGUAUGCCGACAAGCAGCUGGUUCGAAUUCAGGAAACCCCAGAUGAGAUCCCCCACGGCCAGACACCUCACACGGUGUCGCUGGUGGCCUUCGACGACAAUGUUGACGUCCCGCGUCCUGGUGACCGUGUCGAGGUGACCGGCAUCUAUCGUGCGGCGCCCAUCCGUCUGUCUCCACGCGAGCGGGUGUACCGCUCCGUGUACCGGACAUAUGUAGAUGUCCUGCACUACCGCCUGGUGGAUCGCCAGAGCUCCACCUUCACCACGUCCUCAGCAGACAGCAAGGGCCAGGACCCCCAGAACGAGCGGCCGCCGGUCUUCAUCCCGGAGGCCAUCAAGCCGCGGCUGGUGUCUAUCGGUGCCCGGCCGGACGUGCUCGACGUCCUGACCCGAUCCCUGGCCCCCUCGGUUCAUGGCCAUGAGGAUGUCAAACGCGGCCUCCUCUGCCAGCUGGUCGGCGGCACACACAAGACAUUCACUCGAGUGGGUGGUGGCCGAUUCCGUGGCGACAUCAACAUCCUGAUGUGCGGUGACCCCGGUACAUCGAAGUCCCAACUCCUGCGCUAUGUCCACCAGAUCGCCCCGCGCGGCAUCUACACCUCUGGUCGGGGGUCCUCGGCCGUCGGUCUGACGGCCUACGUCACCCGUGACCCGGAGACUGGCCUCUUUGUCUUGGAGAGUGGUGCGCUGGUCCUCUCGGAUGGCGGCAUCUGUUGCAUCGAUGAGUUCGACAAAAUGUCCGAGUCCGCACGCUCAGUCCUCCAUGAGGUGAUGGAGCAGCAGACGGUGUCUAUCGCCAAGGCCGGCAUCAUCUGCCAGCUGAAUGCCCGGACGUCGCUCCUGGCUGCUGCCAAUCCGGUGAAGUCCCGCUACGAUCCGUCCCUGUCGAUUGUCCAAAACAUCCAGCUCCCUCCGUCGCUCACUUCACGCUUCGAUCUGAUUUACAUCAUCCUGGACUAUCCGGAUGCGCGCAGUGAUCGGCGCCUGGCUGAGCACAUUAUUGGCCUCUACCAGCCACAAGGACAGCCCCGGGCCACCACCUCGGCCGAGGAUAUCCAGGCGCCGGAUCUGACCCUUGAUGCGAUGACUCUGUCGUCGUACAUUGCCUAUGCCCGGCAGCACAUCCAUCCGGUCAUCUCGGAUGAUGCUGGGCAGGAUUUGAUCGCCGGCUAUGUCGAACUUCGUGCCAUGGGUGGCAAGAACGUCUUCACUGCCUCGCCCCGGGCUUUGGAGUCGCUGAUUCGUCUGUCCGAGGCGCAUGCCAAGCUCCGCCUCGGGGACACCGUCACGCCGAAUGAUGUGGCCGCGGCCCUGAAGCUGCACAAGGCGGCCCUGCGCACAUACGCCCUGGACCCGGCCACCGGGCGCUUGGAUCUGGACCUGGCAUACACCGGCCGGUCGGCGGCCUCGCGCGAGGCCGUUCCCCGCAUCGUGCGCGGGCUCCUGUCCUACGUGCAAAACUGCUCGCAAGAGGGAGCUCGGGCCUCUUCCGGCCAGGCUCUCCCGGCUGUUGGCCAGGCGUGGCCCUUCGCCCUGCUCUUCCGCGAGUUCCGCUCUUUCUACAACCAGCGGGAGCUCACCCUGGACACCUUCCGCGAGGCGCUUCUCGAGUUGGCAGAGCAGGGUGCUGCCAUCGUGCCUCCGGGCUACAGCAGCAUCACCUUCACUUGA